UCAAUAUCGCCUAAUACAUAUUUCAAUGUGGGAGUCCAUUUAUUAGUUUUGUUUUAGGAAUAGUUAAUAGACAUGACAAUGCCAGUUUAAAAAAAAAAAAAAAAAAAAAAAGUUCCACGUCGUUGGUUGUCUGUCUUGGUUUCUGACCUCGUGUUUGGUACAUUUCUUUGUCACCGUUCAUCCCUUUCCCUUUCGCCUUUCCCCUUUUUUCUUCAUCCUAAAAUUAAAAAACACAGAAUAAUCAACAACAACAAUGGAGGAGAGAGAAUUUCCAGUUAAAUUAAAAAUAGGGUUUUUUUUAGGGCUUACAUUCUUCUUCUUCAAUUCAAUCCAAAAAGUUGAAGCUUCAAUUCACGAUUACAGAAAUGAAAAAUUCAUCCCUCAAUCUAACGCCUUCUUCUUCCAUGGCGGUAGCGAAGGUCUCUAUGCUUCUAAGGUUUCCGAUCACUCUUCUUCUUCUUCCGAAAAAAGUUCCAAAGGCAGGUCUUUUAUUAGAUUUGAAUCUGUUACAUUUACAAGGACAAAAGAGUCUGCAGAGAAGCAGAAUGAAUGGCAGCAAUAUACUGGUACGGUGGAAGCUAUCAUAGUUGAGGUGAAAGACCGUGAAAGGAUUGGUGGAACAUACCUCAAAACAGAUGCAAUAUGUUGCAAUCAAACCCUUGCGAGUGAGGGGCAUUGCAAGAUAGGUGAGGUAAUAAUGCAGCCUAAUCCAGAAAAGCGUGAAUGGCCUAAACGGAUCAAGGUUUUCUUUGAAGGAAAGAACGACAAGGCCUUGAUGCCUUUCCAGUCUGUUGACAUUAACAGCACAGGAAUGUAUUAUCUGUACUUUAUGUAUUGUGAUCCGACACUAAAGGGUACGACAAUAAGUGGAAGAACGGUAUGGAAGAAUCCGGAUGGUUAUUUGCCUGGAAAAAUGACUCCUUUGAUGAAAUUUUAUGGUUUCAUGUCUUUAGCAUACCUUUUGCUAGGACUGGCUUGGCUAUUGCGGUUUGUUCAAUUCUGGAAAGAUAUUAUACAGCUGCACUAUCACAUUACAGCAGUGAUUGCCCUUGGUAUGCUUGAAAUGGCAUUAUGGUAUUUUGACUAUUCCAAUCUGAAUGCAACAGGUGUUAGGCCAAUGGGGGUCACUCUGUGGGCAGUAACCUUUACUGCAGUUAAAAAGACACUCUCCCGACUCCUCCUCCUGGUUGUUUCCAUGGGAUAUGGUGUGGUCAAACCAACUUUAGGGGCUAUCACAUCGAAGGUUAUGUUUUUUGGAGGUAUAUACUUUCUAGGUUAUGAGGCGCUUGAACUAUAUGAACAUUUGGGCAAUAUUAAUGAUUUCAUUGGGAAAACCAAGUUAGUUCUGGUGUUGCCUGUCGUGUUUAUGGACACGUGCUUCAUUUUGUGGAUAUUCUCCUCCCUUUCAAACACUUUGGAGAAGCUGCAGCUUCGUAGAAGCUUGGCUAAGUUAGAGCUCUACCGGAAAUUUACAAAUUCUCUUGCGAUAUUUGUAGUGCUCUCAAUUUCUUGGAUUGGUUAUGAGUUGUAUUUUAAUGCAACUGAUCCUUUAGGCGAGCUUUGGCGGAUUGCAUGGAUCAUUCCUGCCUUUUGGGCUCUGCUUGCAUACUCUCUUUUAGUUGUGAUAUGUAUACUCUGGGCUCCUUCUCGCAACCCUACAAGGUAUGCCUAUUUGGAAGAGUCUGGUGAUGACCUAGACGAAGAGGGUGUCUCACUGACAAGUAGUGGAGUCAAGGUUGCUGCUGAUAUGGCAAGCAUGAUCGAAAGGAAAGAGAGAAAAGUUUCAGGCUCCACUGAUCACGUGUUUGUUGGGGUUAGGGAGGAACUAGAGGAGGAUAAGCGAGAAUAGAUGGAGCAGCAGAAAGUUCUAUAGCUGCACUAUAAUUUUGAAUCAUCCAUACUGAAAUGGGGAGAUGCUCACUGAUCCAUGAUUUUGUGUUUCUGUAUAUAUGCGGAAGAACAGCUUAGCAUAAGAAUUAGGGGGGAACUGGGGAAGCUUUCUUGUAAAACCAUGUCAUUACUCAUUACUGUAACUUAGCUAUGACAAGAACAAGCUGACUUGUGUAUUUGUUCCUCGAGCUUGGUGUUCAAGCAUGCAUGAUUUUCUACUUUAAUUAGAAAGUUGGAAAGCCUACCAACAAUAGUGCUCUGCGAGAAACUAUAAUCUGCUCUUGAAUGCAUUGAGCCAUUGAGGUUGGCUGUUAUAACUUGAUUGCACAUUUGUAUGUACAUUAUUAAAGCGAAUACCAUCUUUUAACUCUUGGCCC